AUGAUUAUUGCUGCUUUUGCUUCAUUUAAUGUAUCUCCACAACAAUUAGAGAGAGAACAAAAGAAAGGUGGUAAAUUUUUUGUUAGAUAUUAUGCACCAUGGUGUGGAUUUUGUAAGAUGAUGUCUUAUGACUAUAAAAAAUUAUUCAGAAAAUAUAAAGGAACAAAGGUUACAGUUUGUCAAAUUGAUUGUGAUAAAUAUAAUAGCUAUUGUGAAAAGAUGGGAAUAGAAGGUUUCCCUACUUUAAAGUUAUAUGAUGGUGCAUCUUUAAUUAGUGAAUACGAAAAAGACAGAACAUAUAAGGAUAUGGACAAAUUCCUUUCUGAUUAUCUUGCUUAA